CGAACUGGUAUAUUUUUAUCAGUGCGUUGCGAUUUUCUUCGAGGUGUUCAUAAACAUGUACACCGAGAUCACCAUGAGUGCAUUUUGCACGUUUGUCAGUAUACAAUGUGACUUUAUUUGUGAUGAUCUUAGAAGUAUUGACGCCGAAGAUACUAUAGUCAAGAUCAAGGAAUUUGUGCAGCAUCAUAUCGAAACUGUCAGGUUUUCUGGAAUCACAGAAGCUGUCUACGCAGAAGUAUAUCUCGCACAAUUUGCCUCCAUAACACUGGCUCUAUGUAUGAGUUUGCUACUGUUGAGCGAAGUGGACGCCAAAGAUUUCGAGUUUAUGUUCUUGCUGUCUUUUCAACUGUCGAUGUUCGUAUUAUUACUGCAGCCAUGUUGGUUUUCUUCAGAAACUCAGCGCAGGAGCGAACUGAUUCCUCAAGCUAUUUUCGACAGCCCGUGGGUCCAUCUCUCAAGCUCCUUCAGGAACGAUAUGAUUUUUUUCAUUGCGAGAACGCAGAAGCCAAUAAAAUUUUACGCAGUCAACUUCUUUCAUAUAUCACUGGAAAUUUUUGUACAGAUUCUCAAAACUUCAUUCUCAUAUUACACCUUCUUGUCUACGAUAGGUGAACAAAAAUGAAUACUAUCGAAGAACCUGUUGGCAUCGAAUGAAGAAAAUGAUUAUUAUCCUGGGGUUGACAAUACAAAAAAUCGUUAUUGUAGUUAGUUUGUUGAACUGUGUUAACAAUAAUAAUAAUAAAAUGUCUUUUUAUUUGGG